AUGUGGUCCUGGUUUGGCGGCGCUGCCGCUCAGAAGCGAAAGGAUGCCCCUAAAAAUGCGAUCCUAGGCCUGCGUGCGCAGUUGGAGAUGUUGCAGAAGCGUGAGAAGCACUUGGAAGUUCAGAUCACCGAGCAGGAUGCCACAGCACGGAAAUACGUUAGCACAAAUAAAAAUGCCGCGAAAGCUGCUCUGCGACGGAAACAUCAGCAUGAGAAGAACCUCGAGCAGACCUCGGCACAAAUCGUGCAACUCGAACAAAACAUUUACUCGAUCGAAGCGGCAAAUAUCAACAACGAGACUCUGGAAGCUAUGAAGAAGGCCAGCGAAGCUAUGAAGCAGAUCCACGGUGGCCUGAGUCUGGAAAAUGUCGACGAGACGAUGGACAAACUCCGCGAACAACAUCAACUCAGCCAGGAAAUCGGCGAUGCCAUCACCAACAUGCCGAUUGGCGAGCAGCUGGACGAGGGAGAGCUGGACGCGGAAUUGGAGGGAUUGGAACAGGAGGCCAUGGACGAGCGCAUGCUCAACACUGGACCUACCCCCGUGGGCACUCGGUUGGAGGGAUUGCCAGCCGCUGGCAAUACAGAGCUGAACAAGACAAAGGUGGCCGAGGAAGACGACGACGAGGCCGAGUUGGCCAAGCUGCGUGCCGAAAUGGCCAUGUAG